UGUGGAUAACACAAUCCCAUUCAAUGGCUCCCGCUCCGGCUUCAAUCGACAAAGCUAGACAAAGCUUCUUGACUAUCUCCACACCUCGUUCCACGUGCAUGUCUGAAGAUGCAUGGGAACAUCGUUGUGGUACGUUGUGCUGAGUCUGGUCAGCGCUGAGCUUAGACGUUCACAAAUAGGAGUCUUUGAAACCAUGGAACCCCGCUAUGGGAACGUUCCUUUACUUGACUUAACUUGACUCAUCUCACCAUGUCGAGUCUCUUUGGAUUCUUCAAGAGGGUCUAUACCGCUUUCAACCCACCUGCAGCUCCGGUUUCCACUGAAAGCACCCCCAUCAGGUUUGGAAUUCUUGGCGCGGCCAAUAUAGCACCUCCUGCACUCAUAGGUCCUGCCAAGAAUCACUCUGAGGCUACUGUGUAUGCCGUCGCCGCCCGGGACCUAGGAAAGGCGCAGGCAUUUGCGAAGAAAUACGGAAUUGAGAAGACAUACGGGGGAUUGAAUGCAUAUGAAGAGCUCUUGAAUGAUCCCAAUAUUGAUGCUGUUUACAACCCCCUGCCAAAUGGGCUUCACUUUGAGUGGACCAUGAAGGCACUGGCUGCAGGAAAGCAUGUUCUUUUGGAGAAGCCGAGUGCAGAUACUUCUGAGGAGACUAAGAAGAUGUUCGAAUUCGCACGGGAGAAAGGGCUCAUUCUACUCGAAGCUUUCCACUAUCGGUUUCAUCCUGCUGUCCACCGUACGAAACAGAUCCUCGAGAGCGGAGAGAUCGGAGCCAUCAAGUCUGUUGAGGUAUCGCUCGCAGUGCCGAAGGGCAUCGUGAAGAGCGAUGACAUCCGGUUCAACUAUCAGCUUGGCGGAGGCUCUUUGAUGGACAUGGGUUGCUAUACCCUCAACUGUGCUCGUUUCCUGACGUCCUCAGAACCUACUUCGGUCAUUUCCACCUCGACUAUCCCUCUUUCAAGCGACCCCAAGGUCGAUGUUGGUACUACAGCGACUCUGGCAUUCCCAUCCGACGUGACUGCUACCAUCAUAUGUAACCUUGCUCUUGCACCUACGCUAGGUUUCAUACCCCAAAAGCCGAAGGUCUGGGCCAAGGUAGUGGGGGAGAACGGGGAAUUGACCUUGUAUCAGUUUGUUUUGCCGACGUUGUAUCAUUAUAUCGAGGUAAGCACGAGAAGUGGAAGGGGCGGGAAAGGUAUGAACAAGAGGACGGAGAAGGUGUAUAGUCCGAGGGACAUCAAGGACUCGGACAAGGAGUGGAAAGGGGAGGAUUGGUGGACAACCUAUCGAUAUCAACUUGAAGCCUUCAUCGACAAACUGAAAGGUCGAACACCUGCAGCCUGGGUUUCUGCUGAGGAUUCUAUCGCCAAUUUAAAGGCUAUCGAAAUGGUUUACAAGAAGGCCGGUUUACCUUUGCGACCCGCUUCGGAAUUUAAGUUGCCUGAUGCCUAACUUCACUGUCUGGCAUAGCGUAAUGGUACAUAUGCCUUCCCUCUCCAUGUCCUCAUCCGUUGUGUCUCUAUAUACCAGUUAAUCCAGUCCGUUCAAACCACCUGUAGGGACCGGCUCUGGAUUCACUUCCAAACCACAUUCAGGCUCCUCCGGGAAUCUCUUCCAGGUCUGAUUCUUCGGACAUACAAUGUAAUGAAAAGACAAGCAAAUACGGCGACUUGUAACGUGAAAGAUACCUCUGUCUAUAUCUCCAAGAGCCCGGCCUGAAAGACCUUCCAUGUACGUGUAAAAAGGUCUCAGGUCGGCCUGAGUGAUAGAAUUUGGUUUAUCAUGCACGUUUGCGAAGGCCUUGACGGCUUCUCCUAACUGGGGAUCUCGAAGUAUAGACAUCCGUUUGCUUUCCGUACGGGGAGGUAGGGGAGGACCAUUCACUUCGAAAUCAUCAUCGUAGAAGAAGGCGGGCACGGGACCGGGAUAAUGAGCAUUGGGCAUGCCAGGAGUAACGUACGGAUCGCUUUGCACGAUACGGAAACAAUUGAAUGCAUAAAGACCACAAUCCAGAAUGACUUCGUGACCCUGUCCGUUAAUGAAGUACAACCAAUAGUGCUCUUUAGGGUCUUGGCUUUGAAUGAUGGAGCCAUCGGAUUUCCUUUGCUACGCAAUCCUGUCUUGAGGCUUGACCUCGAGAGACCCAGUGGCAAUACCGAAGUCAACGAUAGGUGAUGAACGGUAUUUAAAUCUCAAUCUUCUCUCAUUGGAAGAUUUGGACCCUGAACCGGAACUAGUGGUGUAUAUCUCCACUAGGAUCGCAGUGGCGACGGCCGCGACGCUGGUUAAGAGAUGGCUACCUUCAU